UGCAUCGAGAUUGUUGUGUGCACUCUUGGAGGUGCCUGUCUCGAAGACCGUAAUUGCCUCGACUGCAGAGGCUCAAGGGUGCAGCAGGCCGCUAAGAACCUCUCGUAGGAUAACUGGGAUGCACCGUCUUCAGCACCCUGGAUGUCUUAAGACGCCGAAACAGGGCCUGCAUUCUGGUGUUUGUACUACACGUUCUGCAAUGCAACCUGCACUUCUUCACCUUCUACAAUUCACAGUACGGGCCGAUUGUUCACAGUUUUGCUUUUGCUGCACUCAAUGCGCUUUCAAUGUCCGGCAUGCCGAUCUAGGCCCACUGCGAAUAUCCUCCACACGUCGUCGUCGUCGUCGCCGCCGCCGCUGCCGGCAAGUUCCAGGCUGUUUUGACGUCGCAAGUCUAGCCGAGCAGCUAUGCUGUGGACUCUUGGUACCAUCCAGGACAUGUUCGGCUCCCAACACCCUUUCGCAGUUCCUGACCGACCGUGCUGGGAAGUUUGUGAUACUGAGACGUCACGAACAUGGUAGGCCUGUCUCCCGCAGUGAGAGUGAUCUACAGGGACCAAACCUCGGCGGCCGGAUUCCGAGGCAGAAUUUUCGGUGCAAAUCUUUAUUUGCUCUCGGUUCCACUUGGAAUUGCCAUUACUUCAAGGAGGAUGCCAGGUACCGAGAUUGAGCAGGAUUUUACGAGAAUACGGUCGACUGCCUGAAAAGCAAGAAGACCCAACGUCAUACAACACACUACGAGAUCGCGAAGGAUCCGGUCUGUGGAGAAUCGCGUAUCAACGGUUUUCACUUGUGACCACCAGCUUCGCGCGGUCUGUUGUAGCCUUGCGCCGUCGAACUUAUGGUUUGUCUUUUCUCUCCGAGCCGGCAAGCGAUAAGAUGAGACGUCUCCGUCUGCUAACCAGUCAAUUGAACAUUCCUGAAACAAUCCACCUGGUGGACGUAGUCUCGCUGGACUUGAGCGAUUUCGACAGUUGUCCACUGUUACUUCGCAUCUUCGCGCAAGCGUCGAGCUACAAG